AUGUUAUGGGCCUGUUCCGUUCCUUAGCGAGACCUAACUUGGCUGAUUUUUAUGUAAUUAGUUACACAGAUAUAUUAUUUAGGCAAUGGCUGCUGCUGGUAAAAGCUGCUUUCCGAUUAUCAAAUACAUUAUGUUUCUGUUUAAUCUACUUUUUUCGAUCGGCGGAGGGGCAUUACUCAGCGUUGGUGUUUGGAUAGUUGUGGACGGAGUAAGCUUUCGGCAAAUAUUAUCAGUUUCGAAUUCGGCGAUAUUUUCUGGGGUGUGGUUGCUUUUGUUUGUCGGAGGUCUGAUUUUUCUUCUUGGAGUACUUGGUUGCUGCGGUGCACUGACUGAAAGCAAAUGCCUACUUUUAAUGUUUUUCUUUGUCGUUCUGGGGGUUUUCGUUGCAGAGAUCACUGCAGGGAUCAUGGCGUUUAUUUACUAUCCAAAGGUAACUGCCUACAUGGACGUUUCAUUAAAAGAAAGAUAUGGAAAUAUGAAAGAACAUAGAAUUACUACUGAUAACUGGGACACACUACAAACUGUGUGGAAAUGCUGCGGAAUAAACGGCCCAGAAGACUGGCAAUAUAGCAACUGGGUGAAACAGCAUGACCCCAACACCUCAACGUCGUUUAACCGACAACAAACGAACAUGAACGAUUCAAUCGAAAACAAACAAAAAACAAAAUAUCUUGACGGAAUCGUCAGUUCUCCGUUGAAUGAGGAACGAGAAUGGCUUCUGGUUGCGAGGGAGCAAUACAUACCCAGUGCAUGCUGUUUAAAGACAUCGCUAAUAGAAGCGGCCGAUGCCACUUUAGACUUGGAAAAAUGUUUACAGUGGAACCCGAAUACGCCAGACAUAUUUGUUGAAUAUCUUUACAAUGAGGGGUGUGCCAAGAAGUCAGGAGUUUACUUUUGGAUUCUUGGAUGUCUUGUAAUAGGAAUAUUGGUUAUUGAGGUAUUUGGACUGAUCAUCACAUGCUGUUUGUACAAAGGUAUUGAUACUGCGAGACAUUUACGACGCCAGAUGAGACAAGUUACUUGAACAGCGACAUAGUAGGGAGGGGGGAGAUGGGACACCUUUUCAUUCUAUUUUCUCGUCCAAUUUGUUAGUAAACAAAGAA